AGCAGCUGCCGCCGGCCUCUUUGCGCAACACCUUCGCUAUAUAUACACCCGGGCCGCUGCGCUCCACCUGGGUGCCUCGCUCGGUCCAUUACCUGCGCAGGGAGCGCUGACCAUGGCUCCUUGGCCUGAGGUGGAAAAUGCCCAGCCCAACCCAAGUAAAUACGUCGAAGGGGCCACUAGCCAAGAUUCAGCUGCACCUGCAAAAGGCAAAGAGAGAGACCAAAAUGACACCGGGACCCCUGUAACCAAGAUUGAACUUCUGCCAUCCUACUCCACUGUGACACUGAUAGAGGAGCCCACAGAGGUGGAAGACCCCUGGGACCUGCCUGCGCUUCGGAAUGCGGGGAUCAAGUGGUCAGAGAGAGACACCAAAGGGAAGAUUCUCUGUGUCUUCCAAGGGAUUGGGAAAUUCAUCUUGCUUCUGGGAUUUCUCUACCUGUUUGUGUGCUCCUUGGAUGUCCUCAGCAGUGCCUUCCAGCUGGUUGGAGGAAAGGUGGCCGGGCAGUUCUUCAGCAACAACUCUAUCAUGUCCAACCCCGUGGCAGGGCUAGUGAUCGGGGUGCUGGUGACCGUCCUGGUGCAGAGCUCCAGCACCUCCUCGUCCAUCAUCGUCAGCAUGGUGGCCUCCUCACUGCUGACCGUGCGGGCUGCCGUCCCCAUUAUCAUGGGGGCCAACAUUGGGACCUCAAUCACCAACACCAUCGUGGCGCUCAUGCAGGCAGGAGACCGGAAUGAGUUCAGAAGGGCUUUUGCGGGGGCCACCGUCCACGACUUCUUCAACUGGCUCUCCGUGUUGGUGCUCUUGCCCCUGGAAGCUGCCACCCAUUAUCUGGAGAUCCUGACCGACGUGGUGGUGAAGAGCUUCAACUUCAAGAAUGGAGAAGAUGCCCCAGCACUUCUGAAAGUUAUCACAGAUCCUUUCACAAAGCUUAUUGUCCAGCUGGAUAAAAACGUUAUCAACCAAAUUGCGCUGAGUGAUGAAACAGCCAAAAACAAGAGUCUGAUCAAGAUUUGGUGCAAAACUUUGACCAACGUGACUCAGAUGAAUGUCACCGUCCCCUCGCCUGAGAACUGCACCUCCCCUUCCCUCUGUUGGACGGAUGGCGGCUCCACCUGGACCAUCAAGAACGCAACCCACCAGCAGAACAUUGCCAAAUGCCAGCACAUGUUUGUGAAUUCCAACCUUCCGGAUCUUGCUGUUGGCAUCAUCCUGCUGAUACUCUCCCUGCUUGUCCUCUGUGGCUGCCUGAUCAUAAUCGUCAAGCUCCUGGGCUCCGUGCUCCAGGGGCAGGUGGCUGUUGUCAUCAAGAAGACCCUCAACACUGAUUUCCCCUUUCCCUUUGGCUGGGUGACUGGCUACCUGGCCAUCCUCGUGGGGGCGGGCAUGACCUUCAUCGUGCAGAGCAGCUCCGUGUUCACAUCUGCUCUGACCCCACUGAUUGGUAUCGGUGUGAUAAGCAUUGAGAGGGCGUAUCCGCUCACGCUGGGCUCCAACAUCGGCACCACCACCACCGCCAUUCUAGCCUCCUUAGCCAGCCCAGGCAGUACUUUGAGGAGCUCACUCCAGAUUGCCCUGUGCCACUUUUUCUUCAACGUCUCAGGCAUCUUGCUGUGGUACCCAAUCCCAUUCACCCGUCUGCCCAUCCGCCUGGCCAAGGGGCUGGGCAACAUCUCAGCUAAGUACCGCUGGUUUGCCAUCUUCUACCUGAUCUUCCUCUUCCUCCUGGUCCCGCUGGCAGUGUUUGGCCUCUCCCUGGCUGGCUGGCCGGUGCUGGUGGGCGUGGGGGUGCCCAUCGUCUUCAUACUCCUACUGGUGGUGGUCCUCAGGCUCCUGCAGUCCCGCUGCCCACGCGUCCUGCCCAGGAAGCUCCAGAACUGGAACUUUCUGCCCUUGUGGCUGCACUCGCUGAAGCCCUGGGACCGCCUGAUCUCCCUGCUCACCGACUGCUGCCGGACGCGCUGCUGCUGCUGCUGCCGCGUCUGCUGCCGUGCCUGCUGCCUGAUGUGCGGCUGUCCCAAGUGCUGCCGCUGCAGCAAGUGCUGUGAGGACCUGGAGGAGGUGCAGGAUGUCCCCGUCAAGAGCCCCCAGGCCUUCGAUAACUUGGCCAUGAGCAAAGAGGCCCAGGAUGAGGUCCCCAAGUCCCAAGUGGGUGCCCUGGAAACAAAGACCACCUCCAGCGGCACAGCCUUAUAGGGGCUUCCCAGCGGUGGGAGGAGGGGCCCCAAGUCCCAUGUGCUCAUGCUCUCUUCUGGUUCUACAUGCUUUUGUCCACCCCAUGAGGAUUUGUCCCCCAUUGAGAAAUGGAGUCGACGUCAGUCCGGACUCUCAUUUCCCUUCACCCAGUGUAUCAGCCACGUAGUAGUUUCAUCUCAGCCCCUGUGCCCUGGGUCUUCCCCUCCCAGAAAACCACAGAACAACACUGAAAGAGAAUUAGACAAUGGAACCCAGCUAGAAGAGAUGAUCACACACACCCCUGCACACAGCUG